AUGAUUAAUGACGCACCGAAUGGCAGUUCUGCCUCCUCCUUCGCAGCCCAGUAUCAAGACCCAGCCUAUCAGAAGGCGCACGCGAAGGUGUUCUUCGAGUCAGGCACACCAUCAAUCCCACGUCUGCUUCCUCCUGGUGUGUCCGAGGCAAGUUUCAACCGGGCGAUCGAGGAGUUCAAGAACGUCGUUGGCGCUGCCGAAGUCGUUACUGGCGAUGGGCUCGUCGAGUAUGUCGACCCAUAUGAGCUGAAUGAAGAUGGUCCCGAGAGAAAGCUCCCCAGUGCCGCUGUCCGUCCUCAGUCAAAUGAGGAGCUUAGGGGAGUUUUGAAAAUAGCAAACAAGUACUCGAUUCCGUUAUGGACCUUUUCCAGAGGAAAGAACUUAAGCUACGGAGGGCCUGCACCAAGAUUAAAUGGUGCUGUUUCGUUAGACUUGCAUCGCAUGAACCGUGUAAUUGAGGCGAACGAGGAGUUCUCGUACGCCGUUGUCGAGCCAGGCGUCUCUUUCCAGGAACUGUUCGACUACUGUCUUGAGAACAAGCUUCGAGUGUGGCCAAGUGUACCAUCGCUGGGUUGGGGCAGCGUUGUGGGUAAUACGGUCGACAGGGGCGUCGGCUACACGCCUACAGCAGUGCAUCAUCAGAAUAUUGCAGGCAUGGAAGUCAUGCUUGCGGAUGGCGAUAUCAUACGGACAGGCCAGUUCGCCCAGGAUGGUAAUCCUUCGGCUCAUCUCUCCAAGUUUUCUUUCGGUCCCUCGGUUGAGGGCCUCUUUCUGCAGAGUAAUCUCGGAGUUGUAACGAAGCUGGGAAUAUGGCUCUCGCCCUCUCCGGAGGCUUACAUGGCAUGCUCAUUGGACGUGUUCGAGUUCGAAGAUCUCGAAGCACUCGUAGAUCUACUCAGCCCGCUGCGACGGAACGGGAUCCUGCCUAACUCGGUCUGGGUAAUCGACUUGGUGGAGAGACUCGCAAACUUUGGGAGACGCGCUGACCACUACGACGGAGAAGGACCAAUCCCUCCCCACGUGCUAAAGCAGCUUCAACAGAAGUACGACCUUGGUUACUGGACAGCCCUGUGGCCCCUACAGGGUUCGAAGGAUGUCGUCGAAGCCCAUUUCAACACCGUGAAGCGGCUUGUGGAGAAGAAGUUGCCAAAAGCCCGGCUGCAAGGAACCUUGUACACCGGGGAUGAAGGUGUGGACGGCGGGCUCUUGGCUGCCACGAAAGUGAAAGGGCCGCACGGGGGAAUAUUUGUCGGAGUGCCCAAUCUGGACAUUGUCAAUAUCAUGGGCUUCAUGUGCCCAAAAGAUGGAUCCGGUGUCGCGGCUCAUAUGGACUUUUCUCCGAUCAUGCCGUCGUCGGGCAAGGCGAUCAUGGAAUGGGCCAAUCUCACCCGUGAGAUCUGCGAGUCGAAGGGCCUUGACCUCUGUCUCGACUUUUUCAUGCAUGAGCGCCAUGUCGUUCUGGUCAAUGUUCUGAUCUACAACAAAGCCGACAAGCGUCAGGCCAAGGUUGUAGGAGAAGUCGUCGAUAGGCUGUUCACCGUUGGAAGAGAGAGGAAGUAUCCUGCAUACCGCACGCAUAUCAACUUCAUGGACAAGAACGCUGCCUUCUUCGACUUCAAUGACCACGCUCAAAGAAGAUUCAUAGAGACGCUCAAGGAUACGCUUGAUCCGAAGGGUAUUUUGUCUCCGGGCAAGAUGGGCAUUUGGCCGCGUGCUUUCUCGGUGUAUCGAGAUCAUCAUGAUGAUGUCGACGUCAAUGGCCUCGCGCUACCUACACGCUGUACGAAUGAUUAA